GUGCAUCGUCACCGAGGAGCCGAACGCCACACUCUGGUCCUUCCUGCAGUGGAGACAAAAACUGAAGUCGAGAAAGAAGCACGACAACGCCCAGCUGCUGACCGGUGUGAUCUUUAAGGGAACCACGAUCGGGAUGGCACCGCUGGAGGGGAUGUGCAGCCUGGAGAACUCUGGAGGCAUCAACGUGGAUCACUCGGAGCUCUCCAUCGGAGCCGCCGCUACGAUGGCCCACGAGAUCGGACACAACUUCGGGAUGAGCCACGACCACGAUGGCUGCUGCGUGGAGGCCACCGCUGAGCAGGGAGGCUGCGUGAUGGCCGCCGCCACAGGGCAUCCGUUCCCUCGCGUCUUCAGCCGCUGCAGCAAGCGUGACCUGGACAGUUACUUCCAGAAGGGAGGGGGAUGUGUCU